UGGAGAGGCAGAGGACGUCAUAAGUGUUCGGUUAAGCAGGCACUUAUCCUUAUCAGACCGCCGCAAAUUGAAGUCCCUCAGAGCCUCUGGACGUCCGAGUUCGGGAGACGAGCUUCACGACUUUUACGACCUGCUAUGACAUCUCUGCCCACUAGUAUAUCUUUUCGAGUCGGCUCCUUAGGGACCGCGUCGAGCAUCGGCGAUGCCAUUGCGUCCUAUCGCCGGUCCCAGUAUUUCUUGACAACGUCAAAUGUGCCUUCAUCCACUGAGGACUUUGAGGAAACUCUCGAGGACGAGGAAGCCGCUAUCCAACACGACGGAAGGGGUCAAGGACCUUCGCUUCCCUCGUCAUACGAUUCCACGGGUUCGCAUGAAGGUCUUGUCGGGAACCUUGACUGGGAUGAAGAUAACCUGCCUACUCCGAGAGCCGUUGAUGACAGAAACGUAGCAGGAGGAAGUCUACUCCCUCCGAUACCCGUCCCUGGCAGGACUUCAUCUCCGGCGAAGAGGGACGCGGGGGAACGGACGCCCCUAUUACGGAAGGCUACCUCCUCAUCUGCUGUGGACGGUACAGGCCCUGCUUCAGGUGCCCCAGGACCAGUAGUGCAACCAUCGGAUUUGUCUUCUUCUGCACCUCUCAAACAGGAUGCAAAUGCAAUACCACACCGUAUCUCGUCUGGAAGUCUCAGAAGUACGAAAUACAACUUUGGUGGCAGGAGCACGUUUGGGCAGACUCUGUUCAACUCGAUAGCAAUACUUCUGGGCAUCGGAAUGCUGUCCGAACCUUUGGCUUUCGCCUAUGCCGGGUGGAUUGGGGGCACAUUUUUGAUCAUCUUCUACGGGUAUAUCACCUGCUACACGGCUAAGAUACUAGCACAUAUAAUAUUAGACGACCCCCGUCUCCGCUCGUAUGCUGACAUUGGACGCAAAGCUUUCGGUCCCAAAUCAAUGCCGCUCACAAGUGCGAUGUUUUGUCUGGAGCUUUUCGCUGUUAGUGUUGCACUCGUGACUCUGUAUGCCGAUUCACUGCAUUCCAUCAUUCCAUCUUAUUCAGCCGAUGCAUACAAGAUGCUCGGACUCGUUGUACUCAUACCGACUGUAUUUCUACCGCUGUCCCUGUUGUCAUACACGUCUAUCAUGGGCAUAGUCUCGACGCUCUUCCUCGUCGCCGUUAUUUUCAUCGACGGGUUCUCCAAGAAGAACAGCCCGGGAAGCCUCUGGCAGCCUGCAGAGACCAGUCUCGGGAUCCAUAGUAUUGGAGAACUCGGAAUCGCAUACGGCUUAUUUAUGGCUGGGUUCUCUGGUCAUGCUGUGAUUCCGUCCCUAGCGAGGGAUAUGGUUGAUCCUGGGCAGUUUGACAUUAUGAUAGAUUGGGCGUUUUUUGCUGCUACUGUGAUAUAUGCAGUGAUCGGCAUCGCCGGAUAUCUCAUGUUCGGCUACUCCGUGCAUGACGAGAUCAGCCAAGAUCUGCUACUCACAAAGGCCUACAACCCGACGCUGAACAAGAUCGCCCUCUGGAUGCUUGUCAUCAAUCCACUGUCCAAGUUUGCGCUCGCCACAAGACCGCUCAACGUUACGCUCGAGAUCAUGCUCGGGUUGGAAACGACGCUCCCCCCGAGCUCGCCGGAGGACCACGGGCUGAAGGCGAGCACCAGUUCAGGCAGCGCACGGUCAGAAAGCACCCGGCACGCGCUCCUCCGGCGCGCGUUCAUGGUGAUGGAGCGCGUCUGCUUUACCUUGCUCUCGGUCACCGUGUCGAUCCUGGUGCCGCAGUUCAGCUCGGUGAUGGCAUUCCUCGGGUCGUUUUCGGCGUUCCUGUUGUGUGUGAUUGGCCCGGUUUCCGCGAAGAUUGCGUUGCAAGGGAGGUGUGGGUUGUUCGAUGGGGCGUUACUGGGUAUAGGGAUUGUGAUGGCUGUGUGGGGCACGGGGGCGGCGUUCUGGUCCACGACAGAGUAA